CAGCUCUGUCUCCAAAGUGCAACAUCAGAGUGACAGCCAGUACCAUCUCCGACAGAAGCUGAGUUGCUGGAUCUGGGCUGGGGCAGGGGGAGAGAGCCGGCCGACUUAGCCUUGCACCCCUCCAUGAGGCCGGCCAAGCCCCCAAGAGGAUGGCAGCCUGGGCGUCGAGGCCACCUUCUGGGCGGCCUAUGAAGUGAGGGGCCGGAGGAGCAAAGAAGGGACAGGUGAUGGGAAUCCUGGAGCUGGAGGCUCGAAUUUGCUCUCCGCAUACCAACACAGGUGAAGCCUGAGCGCUCAAAUGGCCAACACCACAGGGCUGAACGCCACAGAAAUCGCAGGUUCGGUGGGUUUGAUCCUGGCGGUUCUCGUGGAGGUGGGGGCACUGCUGGGCAACGGUGCGCUGCUGGUCGUGGUGCUGCGCACUCCAGGACUACAAGACGCGCUCUACCUGGUGCACCUGUGCAUCGUGGACCUGCUGGCAGCCGCUUCCAUCAUGCCGCUCGGCCUGCUGGCCGCACCACCGCCCGGGCUGGGCCACGUGCGCCUGGGGCCUGAGCCGUGCCGCGCUGCGCGCUUCCUCUCCGCAGCGCUGCUGCCCGCCUGCACGCUCGGUGUGGCCGCGCUCGGCCUAGCGCGCUACCGCUUCAUAGUGCACCCGCUGCGGCCAGGCGUGUGGCCGCCGCCGGGGCUUGUCCUUACCGCCGUGUGGGCGGUAGCCGGGCUCCUGGGGGCGCUCUCCCUCCUCGGGCCGCCUCCCGCACCGCCCCCUGCCCCAGCUCGCUGCUCGGUCCUGGUCGGUGGCCUCGGGCCCUUCCGGCCGCUCUGGGCGCUGCUGGCCUUCGCGCUGCCAGCGCUCCUGCUGCUUGGCGCCUACAGCAGCAUCUUUCUGGUGGCCCGCCGCGCAGCCCUGAGGCCCCCGAGACCCGCGCGCGUGUCCCGGCUGCGCUCUGACUCUCUGGACAGCCGCCUCUCCUUCUUGCCACCCCUCCGGCCUCGCCUGCCUGGGGGCAAGGCGGCCCUAGCCCCGGCGUUGGCCGUGGGCCAAUUUGCAGCCUGCUGGCUGCCUUAUGGUUGCGCGUGCCUGGCGCCUGCGGCGCGGGCCGCAGAGGCUGAGGCGGCUGUCACCUGGGUAGCGUACUCGGCCUUCGCGGCACACCCCUUUCUGUAUGGCCUGCUGCAGCGCCCCAUCCGUUUGACUCUGGGUCGCCUCACCCGCUGUGCGUUGCCCCGGACCCCUGGAACCUGCACUUUGCACGCCUGGCAACCGCGGGCACUCUUGCAACGUCUCCAGGGAGCCCCACAGGGCCCUGCCCUAGGCCCUUCUGAGGCACCAGAUCCUGCCAGGGAAUUGGCAGGAGGACAGAGUCCAAGCAUGCCAGAGGCCACCUGAGAACACUCCUAAGCUGGAGAAAGAAUAGGAUUAGAGGGGGCCCAUCCAGCCCCCUGCACAAGUCAAAGCAGGUGCCUUGCUUGGACUUUCAGCUCUGGAACAUGAAGAGAAGAUUGUCUACAGUUUGGCAAGGCCCAGAGGCUUCUCUGGAAUCCUGGGUUGGGACCCAACAUUGCAUGGCCUUAUGCCCAAACCUACCCUCCCUAAGGCUUCAGUUUCCCCCUUUGUACCCUGUACCAUUUCUAAGGCGCCCUCCACUGUAGGCUGUGGGAUUCAUGGAUAUCUCCAGGUCCAGGGAGGAGAAAGAGUGGGCAGGGUCACAAAGAAGAGAAUCCUAAGGGCUUCCAGCCAAAGUGAUGGACCAAACAGGGCAGGUGUAAGUUACAUCUACAGCAAAAGAAACCAAUAGAGAAACUUAGGACUGCCCUGAUGUGUGCAGCAAGAAGUCUGGACAGAGCCACUGAAACUCUUCUAUCUGCUUCUAAAAUGCCCAGAGAACAACUGGAUCAAUUCGGUGUCAUGGACAACAUGACCCACACCAAAGAGUCUUGGAAUCCCAGAACUGGCAUGUGAAAGGGGCUGUGGCCCAACUGGGGCUGGUGGAUUCACAGAUGGGAGGUCCUCUGGGGCUUCAGCUAUACCCAUUUUCUGGAGGUUUUGCCACCCCAACACCAGUAUUUCACAGCUUUCUGGUCG